AACUACUUUAUCAGCAACAAACUUCACGACAUUUCAUUGAGUCGUCUUUUCAAAAUGGCAGCCAGUAACGGAGGAACAGAAGAUGCAGCAAAGGAGCCUACGCUGACCUAUGAAAACUACCUGAACAUCGAGAAGCUCCUGUCUUGCUUACAACUUCGAUGCCCCAAGUUUGGAAAAUAUGAGCACGAUGAACACCUCUUCAUCACAGUGCACCAAGCCCACGAACUUUGGUUCCGGCAAAUGAUCUUCGAAGUGGAUUCCAUCCGAAGUAUCUUACGUGAAAGACCCUUGGAUGAAACCAAGAUGCUGUCUGUAAAUAACAGGACGGAUCGGAUUAUCCUAAUCCUAAAGAUCCUUGUUGAUCAUCUUGGCAUCCAGGAAACGAUGUUCCCCAUUUCAUUCUUCAACUUCCGGGAUUACCUCUCACCCGCCUCUGGUUAUCAAAGUGCCCAAUUCCGGGUAUUCGAGAACAAAGUGGGAAUCAAACCGGAUGACCGUAUUCAGCACAUGAAGGAUGAAUACAUGUCGCAGUGUAAUCCCGACAAACAAAAAGACAUUCUCGAUGCAGUGAAUGAGGAAACAUUCUUUCAAAUCGUAGAGCGUUGGCUAGAACAGACACAUGGAUUGGAGGAAGAUGGAUUCAAUUUUUGGAAGAGAUUCGGUGAGAAGGUAGAUGAACGUCUCAAGGAUAUCAAGGCCAGGGAAGAGUUGGCGGAUGACGAUCACAAGCCAGGAUUAAAAAAGGACUACGAUGCCUCCAAGGAUAUCUUUCAUAAAGUUCUCAACGAGGAUGAAUAUAGGAAAUUGCUGGCAAGAAAGGAAGUGAGACUUUCACACAAAGCCCUACAGGGGGCACUAAUGAUCUCCUUCUACCGUAAUGAGACGAGGCUCCAGCAAUCAUACCAAUUCCUGACUAAACUCAUUGAUGUGGACGCCUAUAUGAGCAAAUGGCGAUACAAUCAUGUGCUCAUGGUACAUCGUAUGAUCGGAGCUAAGCCCGGACACGCAGGUUCAUCAGGUUACCACUAUCUUAAGGCAACCACCAGCGAUAAGUAUCGAAUUUUUCUGGACCUCUUCAAUCUCGCCAACUACUAUCUGCCGCGGGCGUACGUUCCUGAGCUUACUGACAAGAUGAAAGCAUUCCUUUCACCGACUGGAAACUAAAAAAAAAAAUUAAAAGCUGCUUUUGGGUUGGCAAAUUGUAAAUCUUUUAUAGAAAUGUGUCGUUUGUUGCUAUAUAUAAUCAAGUCUUUAUGAAACGGCACCUGGUUGUAAAAAGGGCUAUGCUUGAAUGUAACUGAACGAAAAUCAAUCACAAAUUCAUGAUACAUGUACAUGCCAUUGACUGGUUGAAAAUCAGAUUGGGUUUGAUUUAUUGCAACUCGGACGUUUCAGCUGUGAUUCAGGCCAUUCCCCCCCCCCCCCCUUUCAAAACCGUUCCGCUGCCCAUGUGCAGGUCAAGGAACAUCAGAACAGCUACAACAAGGGGGAAUGAAUCAGGGUACUAAUGGAUAAUUUGUUUUUCCUUUCCGUUCAGUGCAGAGCGAAAACGAAAAUCAGCAUCGUGGUUCGAUCUUUUAAAACACAAAAACGAAAUCACAGCGAGGAAAAACGUGCUGUGAUUUCAUGUUUGUUGAUCAAAAACAGAAUAUUGAAAUCAGAAACGCUUUUGGGCUCUAUCUGAUUUCUCAUUUUAUAUUUGUGUUUUCAUGUAUCAAAAACAAAAUCAGAACACGCUUUUCGCUCUGUGAUUUGUGUUUUCAUGUAUCAAAAACAAAAUCAGAACACGCUUUCCGCUCUGUGAUUCCGUUUGGAAAAACGCAAACAGCGAAGACGAAAUCAGAAACUCGUUUUUCCCUUCCUGAUGUGUGAUUUUGUUGUCCGCACAGACAACAGCCAGAUCAAAAUACCGUUUCCGCUUGUCUCUGAGCAGACUUGUCCUUUCUUUCAAGUAUAUUAAAGAGCGCCCUCUACGUUUUCGAUCAGUAGGGGAAGGCGGGGUAAGUUGAGCAUAGGGGCAAGUUGAGCCACCAGCCCCAGGCCAAUAAU